CCUCUGUUAACAUUUUUAUCUGUGUGGAUUCUGACUGGCCGUUAAGCUGUCAGUCGCUGUGAGGUUCGUGGUUAGGAAAUAAUGUUUACUUUCUGAGUGGACAAACAAGCUGUCAUUCAUCACAAUCGUUAAAAACGAUUGGGCAAAGCUACACAGAAGGCAGGAAACCUUGUGGUAGCAGUCGAAUGCCGCUGUAUGGGCUUAACACCGGCAUUGAGGCAAGGCCUCCUGAAGGUAAUCGUGCGUGCUGGACGGUGGUCGCUGGACAGGGAAGUUUCUGAUGAAACUUGCAGCAAGCAGCAGAAAAGUCUUCCCUAUUCUGGAACCCUGUACUCUUUAACUGCUCCUUCAGGAAGCCUUUUAGAGAGAAAGGAAGAAAGAGGGGAAGAUCAAACUUGCAGCUGUUCUAGAAAACUUGUUCCAUCUUGCAGUUGCGAAGAUUCAAGGAAGUUGCUGUGUGGAUUCAUUAAGGCAAAAUGCUUUCUCUGAAGAAAUAUUUUACUGAAGGACUCAUUCAGUUCACCAUUCUUCUCAGCUUGAUCGGAGUGAGGGUGGAUGUAGAUACUUACCUAAAUUCACAUCUCCCUCCCUUGCGGGAGAUCUUUCUGGGCCAGAGCUCUGCAUACACUCAAACACAGUUUCACAACCUUCGAAACACCCUAGAUGGCUAUGUUAUACAUCCCAAAAGUGUAGAUCUGGACUACUAUUUUACAGCUCGACGGCUUCUCAACCAAGUUAGGGCCUUGGACAGGUUUCAGGUGCCCACCACUGAAGUCAGUGCUUGGCUGGUACAUCGCGAUCCUGAAGGUUCUGUCUCUGGUGCCCAACCCAAUACAGGCAUUUCCCUUGAGAAUGGCAGUAGCUUGCAAAAUGGAACUGCUUCAGACAAUGUAGUCAGAGAAAAUGCAAUGGAACAAGCAUAUAGUGAAGAGUUGGAAGACCUAGGUGCAGUGGCUCCUCCACUAAAUGGUGAUCUAACUAAAGAGGAUAUAGAUUUAAUUGAUAUCCUGUGGAGACAGGAUAUUGACCUUGGUGCUGGACGUGAAAUUUUUGACUACAGCCACCGCCAGAAAGAAAACGACGUGGAUAAAGAACCAAGUAACGGUGAAGAAUGUGGGGAUGGCUGGAGAAACAGAGGGGACAGCAGCAUCGCUGACAGAACUGAGGUAGUGGAUGGCGAGACAGGGGAGAGCUUCCCUGCGCAGGCGCCUGGGGUGGAGGAUCAGACAACCUUGUCUUUGGAGGAGUGUCUUAGAUUGCUGGAGGCUACAUUUCCUUUUGGAGAAAAUUCAGAGUUUCCAGCUGCAGAUGUUCCCAGCCUAGCUGACUCUCUGCCUAACGAGGGUGGGCCUUCUGUCGUGUCAGACGGGCUCCUGUCUCCCCUUCUGACAGAGACAGAGCUGCCCUUUGAUCUGGAGCAGCAGUGGCAGGACCUCAUGUCUAUCAUGGAAACACAGAGCAUGGAGGUAAAUAGCACUAUAGCUGUAGAAACUCUAUACAACAACCCAAAUUCAGAUCUUUUGACAGCCAACUACAGCCUUGCUCCAUCUACCCCUAUUAACCAGAAUGUCAGCCUGCAUCAGGCAUCGCUAGCUGGCUGCACACAAGAUUUUCCUUCCCUAUUCAGCUCUGAAAUUGAAAGUCCCUCAGUGGCUGGAGGCUCAGCUUUGCUGCAGCUGGUUCCUGAUAACUCCACUGGCUUCAACACCACGUUUGGCUCUACCAACCUAAGUGGAAUUUUUUUUCCUCCCCAGCUAAACUGCACUUCAAAUGAAACAUCUGGGCCUGAACUCCCAGACCCUCUUGGAGGGCUUCUUGAUGAAGCCAUGUUGGAUGAGAUUAGUUUAAUGGAUUUGGCUAUUGAAGAAGGAUUCAACCCAGUGCAGGCAUCCCGCUUGGAAGAGGAAUUUGAUUCAGACUCAGGGCUCUCUCUCGACUCCAGUCACAGCCCUGCUUCUCUCAGCAGCUCAGAAGCAUCAUCAUCCUCUUCUGCCUCUUCCUCCUUUUCUGAGGAGGGAGCUGUGGGCUACAAUUCUGAUACUGAAAAUGUGGACUUUGAAGAUACAGAAGGAGCUGUUGGGUAUCAGCCAGAAUAUAGCAAGUUCUGUCGGAUGAGCUACCAGAAUCCUCCUCAGUUGCAGUACCUGCCUUAUCUUGAGCAUGUGGGUCACAAUCACACAUAUAACAUGGCCCCCAGGACCUUAGACACUGAUGAGUCCCAGCGAGCUAAUGUGGGAAAGAAGAGUUCCAAAGAAAAGCAAGCAGAUUUUCUAGAUAAGCAGAUGAGUAGAGAUGAACAUAGAGCCAGAGCCAUGAAGAUUCCUUUUCCCAAUGAAAAGAUCAUCAAUUUACCAGUAGAGGAAUUCAAUGAACUCCUGUCCAAGUAUCAGUUAAGUGAAGCACAGCUGAGUCUAAUCCGUGACAUUCGCAGAAGGGGUAAGAAUAAGAUGGCAGCCCAGAAUUGUCGUAAAAGAAAACUGGACACUAUCCUCAAUCUGGAGCGGGAUGUAGAUGAUUUGCAGAGAGACAAAUCAAAGCUCCUCAGGGAGAAGGUGGAAUUCCUCAGGUCCAUCCGCCAAAUGAAGCAAAAGAUGCAGACCCUUUACCAGGAGGUAUUUGGCCGUCUGCGUGAUGAGAAUGGCCAGCCCUAUUCUCCAAAUCAAUAUGCUCUACAGCAUGCCAGUAAUGGCAGUGUUAUUCUAAUACCACGUUCCUUGGCUGACCAGCAGGGACGGCGUCAAGAGAGGAAACAGAAAGACAGGAGGAAGUGAAAAAUGAUGAAUAUCAUUUGGAAAGCAUAAAACUUGCUGAAUCUGCAACUUCAAGAAGGGCUGAGCCCAGAAGAAUUUGGAGGAACUUUCAUGCCUUCUUAUCCAAUAUAUCUUCUCAAACCAUGAUAGCUGCCAGCCAGUGUAUAGGAGCAGACUGCUGGGCAGGGGGCCUACAAGUCUUGUGAGGCGGAAUGGCAAAGCAUGUUGGGAAAGACCUGUGCUUCCAAAAGCCUCAAACCAAUUGAACAUUAUGAGAGUGUGAAUUAGCUGGCAUAAUGUGUGUUUGCAGGGGGGAGGGGGGAAAUAUCAGCAGAGGAUAAAAAAAAAUUGAAUUGUUAAGGCUGGCUUUUUGUAAAGGAAGAAAUGUUAAAUGGAUAGCUUGAGAAGACCUAAGAGUAUUUUUUUUCCUUUGAAUUCACAAGUCUUGGAUAUUUCAGGUAGCUGGUUGGAUUUUUUAAAACUAAUUUGGCAUCAAUUAUAUGCAGUUCAAAACCAUGCCUAAAUCUGAAUACUUAGCCAUGAUUUCUUCGUAAAUCUUUAUGUACUUAACUACAGAGGGAGCACAGAAAAUUGUACUAGAGAAAAGAAACAUUUCCUUCAAGCUGAAAGUAAGAAUUUCCCCUUCAAGGAGUUUAUAUGUACUACCAUUUUGUACUUCAGCAAUUACCACAAUUAUUUGGCAGGGUAGGAGUGGAAAGUGUUAAUAGGAUUACUAUAGAAAUGCAUCUUUAUCAUCCCUUACCAAUUGAAUACUUUAAAGAUGUUACUUGCCCCCAGUGAGGAGCCAGCAUUAAUUCUGGGCCAAUAUCAAGAUGCAUUACAACAUGAUGGUGCAUGGUAAAAUUGCAUGCUAUAAAGCUGUCUUUUCCCAUUGAUUGGCUUAGAGAGACUGCUUUGGGUGAAGGGAAGUGUAGGGCCAAAAGUAUAGAUCUUCAUUUGACUAGAGUCUGCAAGGUGUGUGACCAUCACCAUUUGGUCUACACCACAGCGGGUUUUGCUUCUAUUAAGUGGGCAUGCUGUGUUAAAAGCCAUCUACAGCAAGCCUCUUUUUGAAUGGGCACUUUGAUUUUAAUUUAUUAUGUUUUUAGAACUCUAGGUUCCUAUAUUGUUUCCUCUCCCCUGUAGGGCUAUAGAAUGAACUUAAUAGUAUGCAUGUAGGAUAGAAGGGUGGUACUUCCCCCGAAGAUCAAAGCUACUGAAAGUUUUUUCUGCCAUAAAGACUCAAAAUGUGUUAACGGUGAUUCCACAGCUGGCUUCCCUUCUGUCCUUGGAUGUCAUUCCAACUUCCCCCUUCCUCCAUUGAAAAAAAUAAAUAAGGCGAAGGGUGAGGGUAGUGCCUUGAACACAGCUAGCCUCAAGCUCUGAGGCCAUCCCCGAAGCUGUUAACUUGCAGUAUAGCACAGCUGGAAGUAUUACUGACUUGACCAGCAACUGUAGAGCUAAAUGGCUUUGGUUUUUUUCCAGCCACUCAGUCCUGUGUAUGUGAUGAUAUGUGAGGGAAUAACACUGAAAUGGGCAUCCUCCUGAGGAUUGUAGAUGGAGUGCAUUGGUUUAAAUGGUAUAAAGCAAUGUUUGCAAACAUAUUAGGUUUUUUUGAAGGCCAAGACCUUUUCCAGAAAAAACAUGAGAGUGGAUACUAAGCAUAUGUAUGAAGCCUUCUCCAUUUCUCAUGCUUUUGGAAUUAAGAGCAUGAAAUUUGAAGCACAAAAUGUGUUGGAGCUGUGAGUAGUUGGAUGGGUAGGAUGGAGCCCUGUUGCGUGCAUGUGUUAAUUUAUUUCUGAGGUUUUGUUCUGAAUGGUUUCUACUAUGAGCUAUUGGGAAAGUGAGGAGAGUGUGAGCACAGGACAAAAAUAAAAUGGCUUAUUCACUAUUUGAA